AGAUGGCCGCGACGAGGCCAGCUGAAGCUACAAGACAUGUCAAACGAUGGGCAUCCCUGUAACCCCGAUUACAAUUGAAGUUAAAUACAGUUGGCGAACUAGAAAGCCAAGUCACAAUUUCUCCGUUAAUCUAUUGUACACAACCAAAGUGGGCCGCCGCCGACGACGCAGCAGUUUCAACUGUCAAUAUUCCUCCAACUCCUCGGCCUCUCUCCUUCCUCCUCCCUCGCCAAUUGGGUCUUUCGCAGCAUCGCCUCGCAAGGAUCCGGAAUCCAGGCCUUCUCUCGCCGUCAAAUCAAGCAUCGUCACCCACGCCUCUGCCUCUCUCCUCCAUCCUUCCUCUCCCCUUCUUCCCUUUCUCCCAUUUGCUUGCCAGACUCUCCGACCACCUCUUCGAUCAACAUGGGUAUGUGUUUUCAAGCUUCUCUCUUGCGGCGUCGACUGUUGUCGCCUUUCGCGCCAUGUCCGCAGUGCCUGUGAUUUCGAUCAUACUUUCUGAUCUGACUGCAUCUUUGGUUCCUCCAUUCCCCAGCCUUAUCCCUCCCCACUCCCCUACAACUUACUGCUGUCUAUUAUUAUUCCUCCGGUUUAUUAUUAUCCCCCCUCUUUUUCCCAGGGCUUGGCUGCAAUUGCUCCUCAUCGAGAGACCAGAAGCCGGUGCGACGGGGACCUUGGGCUGCCUUUUCUCCCAGCUUUCCCUUCCCCUCCUGCCACUUGAUCCUACCUGACUUUCCCAUCCAUCCCUUCUCCAACGCAGCCCAGUCAGUGACUGCUGCAUCUCGGGUUUCUGCGGGAACACCAAUCAACUUGUGGCGUGCGUACUGCUUGAGCCGUCUGUCAGACACUUCCCUCCCCGAGCUGCGCAGCU